GGCCGGGGCGCGGGCGGCAGACGCGCCGCGAUGGUGGGCCGCGACAGCCGCUCGGAGAGCGCGGCGCGCCCCUGGGCGCCGCGGCAUGAGUAGCGCGCCAGCCCGGCCCGGCCCGCGCGCCCGCCAUGGCGCAGGCCGCGCCCGCGCCCCAUCGCACCCACUCCUUCGCGAAGAAGACCUUCCACAAGCCGACCUACUGCCACCACUGCUCGGAUCUGCUGUGGGGCCUCAUCGGGCAGGGCUACGGCUGCGAAGUCUGCAACUUCAUCGUGCACGAGCGAUGCGUGGGGCAAGUGGUGACGCCGUGCUGCGGGGUGGCGCCGAGCCUCAUCAAGAACCCAGUGGCUCACUGCUGGUCAGAGCCCACACACCACAAACGCAAGUUCUGUACGGUGUGCCGGAAGCGGCUCGAUGAAUUACCAGCUUUACACUGCAUGAUAUGCGAGUACUACGUGCACGGAGAAUGCGUAGACUUCGCGGCGGCCGACUGCAAGGAGAACGCGACGUACUGCGCGGGCAGCGAGCCGCGGCACGUGCACCACUGGCGCGAGGGCAACCUGCCCGCCAACAGCAAGUGCGCCGCCUGCCGCCGCGCCUGCUGGUCCGCCGAGUGCCUCACCGGCUACCGCUGCGAGUGGUGCGGCAGCACGUGCCACGCAGGAUGUCGCGCCCUCAUACCGGACGAUUGCAACUUCGGGAUGCUGCAGCCGAUCUUCUUACCACCGUCGGCGGUGUCGAUCCCGCGCACCGAGGUACCCAUGGAGGCCAUCAUCGGCGUGCACGUGCGGCCGCCGCCCUCGCAGCGCGACUUCGGCUGCCCGCGCGCUGGCGGCUGGGCGCCGGCGCGGCUGGUGACGCUGGCGCGGCGCCUGCUGCCCGCCGCCUGCAGCCCGCACGGCGGCGCCUCGCCCCCCUACUCCCGAGCGCGCAGCGUGAGCGAGGAGUUCAGCUCGGGCUGCGAGGGCCGCUCGGGCUCCGGCGGCGGCUCCACGGGCGCUCCCGCCGACCAGGACCACCGCCCGGACCACAAGCAGCAUCGGGACCGGACCCCGGAUGAUCGUGAUGAAGAAGUGGUGAAGGUGUACGACGGCGAGGCGGCAUGGACCCGGCGGCUGUACCGGCCCGUAGUGGUGGGCCGCAACUGGAACGAGCGCGAACUAGUGGCGGCGGCACUACGGGCCUUCCACGUGGCGCGGGACCCCGAGUUGUUCGAGCUCACGGACGCGCUGGCCGGCGACGAACCGCCGCUCAAGGACCCCACGCCACUCGCGCAUGUCACGCGCCUUCCCAACAAGAGACCCGCACUCUUCUUACGAUUCAAAGAACCUGAGAGUGGUGGUGGCGAGGUACGAGUGUACCCGGGGCGAGUGGCGGGCGCGGGCGAGACGUUCGUGACGGUGGGCUGUACCGGCGAUGACGCCGUGGCUGAUCUGAUGGCCGCCGCGCUCGAGCGGUUCGGGCUCGACCCCGCGAGGGCCGUGCAUGAUUAUCGCUGCUCAGAGAUUUUGCUCGAUCGUGGGGGCCCAGUGUCGGAGCGCGUGCUGGAGGAGGAGGAGCGGCCGUGGCGCAUCGUGGUGCGGCUGGCGCGCGAGUCGGUGCGGCGCAUGGAGCUGGCGCGCUUCUACCUGCAGCCGCGCCGCGACCCGCACGGGCCCACGCUGGCGCUCUUCGUGGCCUCGCUGCCGCCCGGCCUCUCCGAGAGGAACUAUGAGAACAUACUGGUCGAGUUCCUGGGCGCCGAAAAUAAGUUCACGUCGAUCGGGCCGAUCUACUACGAGUACGGGUCGAUGGUGAUCACGUACGAGGACGCCAGCAAGGCGGUGCGCGCGCUCUACGCGCUCAGAGAGGCCAAAUAUGAAGAUAAGCAUUUAUUGGUGAUGUUGUUGCCGAGCAUCGAGCCUUCGAUGGUCCCGGCGGGCGUGAAGCCGCUGCUGGUGUUCGUCAACGUCAAGUCUGGAGGCUGUCAGGGCCUCGAGCUCAUUUCUUCCUUCCGCAAACUCCUUAACCCUUACCAGGUGUUUGACCUUGAGAAUGGAGGUCCGUUGCCUGGACUGUACGUGUUUCGUCACAUUCCCAACUACAAGAUCCUGGUGUGCGGCGGCGACGGCACGAUCGGCUGGGUGCUGCAGUGCCUCGACAACGUCGGCCAGGACUCGCAGUGCUCCAACCCGCCCUGCGCCAUCGUGCCCCUCGGCACUGGCAACGACCUAGCCCGCACAUUACGCUGGGGCUCGGGCUACACCGGCUGCGAGGACCCGCUGUCGCUGCUGCGUGACGUCAUCGACGCCGAGGAGAUCCGCCUCGACCGCUGGACCGUCGUCUUCCACCCCGAGGAUAAGCAGGACGAGCCUAAAGAGCUCUCCAAGCAGCUACCUGCGUCUGUGACCACAGGAUCACAGAGCGAAGACAACUCGCAGAUCCUCGUGAUGAACAAUUACUUCGGCAUCGGGAUAGACGCGGACCUCUGCUUAGAUUUCCACAACGCUCGUGAAGAGAACCCUAAUAAGUUUAAUAGCAGGCUCCGUAAUAAAGGUGUGUAUGUGAAGAUGGGACUCCGCAAGAUGGUGGGGCGCAAGAUGUGCAAGGACCUGCACAAAGCCAUCCGCCUCGAGGUGGACGGCAAGCUCGUCGAACUGCCCCAGCUAGAGGGCAUCAUCAUAUUAAAUAUACUCAGCUGGGGUUCUGGUGCCAAUCCGUGGGGCCCAGAGAAGGACGACCAGUUCAGCAAGCCCAACCACUGGGACGGCAUGCUGGAGAUCGUGGGCGUCACCGGCGUCGUGCACCUCGGCCAGAUACAGUCGGGCUUGCGAGGUGCCAUGCGGAUAGCGCAGGGUGGUCACAUCAAAAUCAACCUGAAAAGCGAGAUUCCAGUGCAGGUGGACGGCGAGCCGUGGGUGGCCGCGCCGUCCGAAGUGGUGGUGCUCAAGUCUGCGCUCAAGGCGACCAUGCUGAAGAAAACCAAGCGCGGGUCCGCGGGCGCGUCGUCGGCGGCGGGCACCUGACCGCUCGCGCCCCGCCCCGCCGCUGCCAGUCGCGCCCCGUCCGCAGGCCACCAUGCUGAAGAAGCGCGGCAAGGUGCGGCGCCGCAACACGGAGCCCAGCAUGCCGCGCUCGCCCGAGCGGCCCGAGCGGCCGGAGCGGGCGGAGCGGGCGGAGCUGCGCGAGCGGCCCGGCGACUCCUGAAUCUGGCUCAGCGAGCGCCUGAUCUAACGCGCGCGCCCGCCCGGGGCUCAGGCCGGGCGCGUGCGGGCGCUCGCGCAGCCGCCCGCGCUGUCUCUGUCGCCGCGAGUCGUGUACAUAAACUACAACCCAACCAAAUAUAUAAACAUAACUAUAAAAAAAAUAAAAAUUAUAGGUGAUAGAAAA